AGCAGCGCCGACGAGGCGAAGCACCAUGUAUGAACCGAGUAGAAGAUGGUAAAGACAGGACAGACUGGUCUUACAGCAAGUAGUGUAGUUAAAAAGUAUUUACAUAAUAUGACGUAUUGUUGAUAAAAAUGUUGAUGACGCCAAUAUUUUGAUUGGGUGAAUGUGAUUUUGUGUUUCUGUAAAAUUAAGCAUGAAAACCUUUUCCCAAGUAUUUUUCCUGGCUUCAUUCUUUGCACCUCUCUGGUCCAAGUACAACGAAUGUGGAAAUGAACUGGAAAAAUGCAUCUGCGGAAAGCAAUAUAUGGAACGGGAAACAAAAUUUGUCGUCAACUGUACCAACACUCACUUCACUAAUACUGAUGUGCUUUUAGCUCUGCCAGAAAACACCAAUUAUCUUAUAUUUACUGGUAAUUAUUUAAAUGUUUUACCGGUGAACAUCUUUGGUGAAGACGCGGAUCUUAGUGAAUUAGAAGUAAUUGAUAUGUCAAACAAUGCAAUUAGGGAAAUAAAAGGUAAAACUUUUCAUCACGUGAAUAAAGUACGACGGCUCAUACUAAAUCAUAAUAACAUAUCAAUCGCAGAGGAAUACGAUAAAAAUUUCCAUCAUCCUAGGGUGUUUUCCAACUUUGAAAACCUUCAAGAGCUGCAUUUGACGAAUGCCUUUGCAGAUAAUACGGAUGCCGAAUUAGCUGAUGACUUACAUGAUAUAUUUGUUAAUUCUAAUCUGACUAAGUUGUAUAAAUUACAUCUGGAACAGAAUGAAAUCAAAAACUGGAGGGACGACAGAGUUUUCUGUGAUCUACCGAACUUACACGAUCUUUACCUUGGCGAUAAUAAUAUUCCCAGUCUUAAUUUCAACAUUCUGUGUCUUAAGAAGCUUCGCUUUUUAGACUUGGAACAUAAUAAUAUUACGAAAUUUAGUGAGAGAGACUUAGAUACCUUUGAUCAGUUGGCAAAUGAUAAAUCUCGUACUGAUACAUUCACGUUGGAAAUUGGUAGUAAUCCAUUAAAAUGCGAUUCAGCAUCAACAAAUUUGUACAAUUGGCUUCAAAAGACAAACGUACGCGUUCGAAAUAAGGAUGUAUUACAAUGUGUCGGUGCAAAAUUUGGUAACCCAUAUAAAGUUAACUUAAAAAAAUUAGCUGAGAGUAAGCACGCCAAAAUAUCCAAAGCUUUAGCAGUCUUACUAAUUGUUUUAACGUGUGUCUUAAUAUCUUUGGCGGCAGCGUAUGUAUAUCUUAAAAAGGAUAACUUUAAAACAAAACUUUCUCCUAUGUUUGAGGCUAUUACACGAAAGGUGCAUUAUACUACAAUUGAAUCUCAGGAUGUUUAGGAAGUAACGAAUCUAUAAAGGUAAUAAAACUGGCAAGUUUAAAAGGCAUUACGGUAUAUAUUGACUAAAUAUAUUAAAUUUGUGAUUUGCACAUUGUAUGAAUAUAUCCUGUAUUUCGUACUGUUAUAAUGCAUUAGAGGUUCAACUCACUUUCACAAAGACAAUACAGGGUACCUAAAUUGAAGAGAAGAUAAACUUAAUAUAAUUAUUAUAACUUCAGCAUAAUCUAGAAAAAAAUGUAUUGUGGAAAAUAAACAAGCCUUGUUUCAUCCCUGUGCUGGUGUAUGUCAAGGCCGUAGCUUUGUAUAGGAAGUCUACAGUAAUAAUUGCCACUAUAAAGAAUGAUAUAGGACCGUAGUGGAAUAUUUGUUUGAUGUAAUUUCUUGAAAGGUUUUAUUACUUAUUAUUUUUGUGUACCUAAUUUCUUAGUGUUAGCUAAGUAAGUGUCAGAUAUGACUUACAGAUAACCAACACAUUUUAAGCAUGCUUUUACUGAAAGCUUUACCUAUACUUAUAGAUAAUAAAGUUUUUUUAACAAGGAGAUUCACCCGUAAGGCCCUAUUGCGCUAAGCUUACCUUAUAAAUUGAAUAAAUGUAUAAGGUAUAGCAGAUACAAUUUAAAUGAACUGUUAAUGUUAAUUUAAAUUACUGUUAUACAUUUUUGAAUAUAAUUCUAUAUAUUAGCUAUUGUUAUUCUUACAAGAAUUAAAACUUGAUAUUUUGAAAUUUGAAAAGGCAUACAAAAUUUUUAUAUGGGUGAUUACACCUAUAACUGUAUAUUAUAUACAUAUAUGAAAAUCUCUUAUUACUAAUUGUAUAGAACGGCUCAUGUUCUCAAAUUUGUUUCACCAAUUCGACCCAUCAGUAUGUGUAAGCGUUCAGAGGUUUUUUAAUGGUAAUUAGUUUUAUACAGUUCGCAUCAUAAACUUAAUAAUCCGUUGUAACAAUAAUGCCAUACCUUACAGUUUAUUAAGCCUAAAAAUAAAUAUUGCGUAAAAAGAAUUUUCUGAUGAUGCCCAUGGAGACUGAAACUUAAAAAAGAAAAGUUAUUCGUAUACUUAUUUUAUAAAUAAAAUUUGUGAUAUGUGGUGCCUUAAAUUAAAACUAUAAACAAAUAAAAUAUGCGGAAUCAUUCGCGUCUUAGUAUAUUUCCAGUACUAUUACACCAUUUGUUCCUACCCCAAAAGGAGGUAAUUUGUAUUGUAUAAUCAAUCUGUGGUGUAUAUAUUUAUAGAUCGUAAACAGGAAAACCAUAUAAUUCUGUAACUAAAUUCAUUUUUAUUUUGUCGUCAAAUCACUUUUUAUUAAUAUACAUAUUGGAUUUAAAGUAAAUACAUAUAAAAAAUACGAUGUAUAAUGUGAAAAGCCCCGUAUAUUUUAAUUUACAUGUUAAUAAUAUAUGGCAUUUUAAGUGAGUAAUACAUAUUAAGUUAACGA